AUGGCAUUGAACAUUUCAUCUAAUCUUGAACCAUGGCAUGUUCCAACAGAUAUCUUAAGAAUUAUAUGUAACUCGAUUACAAUUGGUAUUUCUUGUAUUUUAUUAUAUCUAAUUGCUUCUAACAAAACAUGUCGAACAAUACCAAUGUUAUUAAUUGUGAAUACAUGUCUCAGUGAAUUAAUUUGUGCAUGUAUUUUAUUAAGUAUGGCAAUAUUUGUAUUACAAAAUGAUAUUAAGCAAAUUAUAUAUGAAGAUUUACUUAGUGUUUUUCGUGGUUAUUUAUUAUCUAGUGUCACUGUUGUAUAG